CCACCUCCCCUCUCCUGGAUGUGUCUGACACCCCUGGACUUCCCCCUCCCAAAGUUCCUCGUCCCUUUCUUCAUCCCCUGGUGGCAGCAGGGCUCAUCCCAACGGACCUGGCAGAGUGGUUUGGCGCCCUUCCACUCGACUGCCUGCCUCUACCUUCCAACUGCCCUCCUCCAUUGUAAAAUGGAAAAGAUCAGCGGGUAAUAUAUUAUUGUAAUGUUAUCAUUAUGUUUUGUAUUAGCACAGAUUUUUUUCUUAGAAUAAAAACAAAAACUAUUUCACGUCUUGAAACUUAUAGGAUCUCUAAAUCUUCCCCCUGUAGCCAGUACACCUCCAACCCAUCCUCCCUCCACAGCUUCAACCCACUCAGAUCAUCACUCAUCUGGUUAAAAGUCUAAAUCAUUAUUUUUCUUAGUGCAAAAAGCUGAUUGUUUAAGAAACGUAUGGAACUUUUUUGUGUGACAGAGCCAAGAACCCGUUCCCCGCCCUCCUCGUCUUCCCAGGAACCAGCGCUCACCAGGCCCAUGACACCACCAACAGCUGGACCAUCAACAGUGGUAGAGGAUGGGGUCAGUCUCUGUCGGUCAUGUUUGGAAACUGACCCCCCUCGAGAAAAUGGCGAGGUUGUGUCAUGGGUCCAGUGUGAAUACUGUGAGCGCUGGUUCCACUCCUCCUGUGUGGAUUGGGAGGACGAGGAGGAUGGGGACUUUUACUGUACAUAUUGUUGUGUUAGAAUGAAUGAAUGUGUAAUAAAAUAUAUGUAUUUGAUUUGCUGUGUCUUAUCAUGCUUGGUUUUAUGUAAACAAACAACCUAAAUUAUAAAUAGACUGUUUCCCAGCGAUCUCCCCUCUCAUCAUACGCAUCAUCAACUCCUCCCUCAGCUCCGGUUCAGUUCCUCAAAUACUCAAACUGGCUGUCAUCACCCCCAUCCUCAAGAAACCUGGACUCAACCCUGACGACAUGUCUAAGUUCCGGCCCAUCUCCAAUCUCCCUUUCCUGUCAAAAAUACUGGAACGUGCUGUCGCCUCAGAGCUGAAAACCCACCUCACCUCCAAUAACCUGUACGAACAAUUCCAAUCUGGCUUCCGCCCACAACACAGCACUGAAACAGCCCUUCUGAAAGUCACCAACGAUCUCCUCCUCUCUUCACACUCCGGCCAUCUAAACAUCCUCUUCCUUCUCGACCUCACUGCAGCCUUUGACACUGUUAACCACUAUCCUCCUCUCCCGCCUUCAAUCCACCAUUAAUAUCACUGGCACUCCCCUUUCCUGGCUCAGAUCGUACCUUACUGACCGACAACAGUUCAUCCACAUCAACAACUGCACCUCCUCCCCUGCCCCUUUGUCCCAAGGCGUCCCCCAGGGUUCGGUGCUUGGUCCCCUCCUAUUCAUCCUUUACCUGCUUCCCCUCGGCAACAUCAUACGCCGUCAUGGACUCCGCUUUCAUUGCUACGCCGAUGACAUCCAACUUUACAUUUCCACUACCUCCAUCACCCCUGCGACAAUCUCCACCAUCACCAACUGUCUCAGUGAAAUUAAAUCCUGGAUGCAAAUAAACUUUCUCAAACUCAACUGUGAAAAAACAGACUUCAUCAUCAUCGGUCCGAAAUCCCUCACCAAAACCGCCCACAACCUCACCAUCAACAUUGACAACUCCACUCUGUCCCCCUCCCCUCACAUCCGUAUCCUUGGCAUCAUUUUUGAUAGUCACCUCACCUUCGAACGACACGUCCAUAACAUCACCAGGACUGCAUUUUUCCAUCUCAAAAACAUUGCACGCCUCCGUCCAUCACUCUCCUCCACCACUGCCGAGAUUCUGAUCCACUUGUUCAUCACUUCCAGACUCGAUUAUUGCAAUAGCAUUCUUUACGGCUCACCAUCCAAAAUCCUCAAUAAACUCCAGUACAUCCAGAACUCCGCCGCACGUCUGCUCACUCACACCCGCUCCCGUGACCACAUCACCCCCGUCCUUCAGAAGCUCCACUGGCUCCCUGUCCCACAACGCAUUCACUUUAAAGUCCUUCUUCUCACUCACAAAGCCCUUCACAACCAGGCUCCCCGCUACCUCACCGACCUGCUUCACCAUCACACUCCCUCCCGCUCCCUCCGUUCCUCUGACGCCAACCUCCUAUCCAUCCCACUCAGGACCAAGCACCGAACCUGGGGUGACAGAGCUUUUUCCAUCGCCGCUCCCUCCCUUUGGAAUUCACUCCCCAAACCCAUCAGAGACUGCACCAACCUGUCAACUUUUAAAUCAUUAGUUAAAACGCACCUUUUUAGAUCUGCUUUUAAUGUGUAAAAAAUGCUGUGAUUUUAUAUGAUGUACUUGUUUUAUGUUUAUUUUAACCAUGUAAAGUGACUGAGUAUCCUGAAAAGCGCUAUAUAAAUAAAAUGUAUUAUUG